AAAGUUCAGUUGUGUUGAAAACAGAAAGUGAUGCAACAUCAACCAACAGCAGCAAGAUUUGUAUUCUCGACUCAUCAGACGAUGAAGAAAAUUCGCGUGAACCGGUUGUGAGCACAGGUCAGAAAGUGGCCCCAGGUGCAGAAGCUGCGUUGGCAAAUGGCGUUAUCAUGGAAAGACAUGGUGCUAUAGCAUUUUUGAAUCAGAGCCAAAAUAGUAAACGCAACGGUGAAACUGCGUCGAAUAACAGGGACGAUGAUCAGGCUCAGGUGAAGAAGGAAGCCAGUAAACCAAAUAAAACGAAAACGAAUGAUGACGAGGACAUUUCAUUGGUUCUCGUUCAAGUUGGUCGACCAAUUCCAAUGGAAUUGAAUGAAGCUUCGAUGAAUGCGCAUUCAAACGGUAAAACACAUACUAAUGUAACCAGCCACAAUGGAAGCUGUACAGGAGCGGUUGAACGUGCUGACACUAAAGCGCGAGGAAAAUCAAACGACACAAAUUCUCGUCCAGUCGACAGUGUCUCUUCCGAAAAUUUGCUAUCAAGUCAAAUGGCAAUGCAAAUGAACGGCAAAACAGCUACUAGAAAACAGAUGUACUCUAAGGUGGUAAAGAGACACAAGUGCCGAUUCUGUGAAUAUUCGAGCAACAAGAACGGACACGUUGAAGAACACGAACGAAUUCACACCGGCGAGAAGCCACAUCGAUGCAGACGUUGCAACAAGGGCUUCACACAAAUGCAACACCUUAAGCACCACGCCAAAGUUCAUGCUAAAGAGUUUGCUUUCCAUUGCCUUGGUUGCUUUGAAGGAUUCACGCAGAAGACCGAAUACGAUGCUCAUGUCAAUGUGUGCAAAUCACCACGAUACGAGUGUCAUAUUUGCAAUAAGAAUUCGUUUUUGAAAAAAUGGGAUUUGAAAGUGCAUAUGCGAAAGCACAGCGGAGAAAAACCGUUCCGUUGUGAAAUCUGUUUGAAGCGUUUUAGCCUAAGAAGCAGUUUGAAAGUACAUUUAAAUAACAUUCACAAUCGGAUCCACACCAAAAUGUCGGCAAACGAUUGGAUGCGUGAAAUGGAUGAGAUGCUCGCUGCAUUUUCUCGGCAAGCAUUAAUCUCGCUCAGAAACAUUCGAAAUUGCUUUGAGAGAACCGGACGAACGUUUAACGAGGAUUUUAAGAAAUAUUUUCUAGGUGCUUCAAAUAAUGGUUUAGGUAUGACUUACUCCAAGUUCGAAAUGGAAUUGCUGUUGAACACGAGCGCAAUUAAAAGUGAAACUGUCAAAGAAGGUAAUCGCGUCGUACAUUCACCAAAAUAUCCAAUUGGCCUAGGAUCGACCAGAGUUGAUGCCAAUAAGCCAAAUGGAACAGGCGACGUGGUUUUGAUCGUUGAUUCAGGUGAUGAAGGUGAUGUCAUCGAUGGACCAAUCACGGACAGAGUCGAGGCAAUGAAGGCGAAUGGGAAAACGGCGGUGAAUCUUGGUUCUAAUCGAAAUGAGGCUCGAUCCAGAUUAGUAGCAUCAUCAAACCAAAAUAACAACGUUGUAAUGGCGGAGGGAAAGGUGUCUGUCAAAACGGAGCCACAAACAGAACGAAUCGGCGAAGACAUUCCAUUGGUUUCCGUUCGAGAUGGUCGACAAAUGCAAAUUGGAUGGAAUGAUUGUCCGAUGAAUACGCGUCCAAACGGUAAAACACAGACUGAUGCAGUCAGCCACAAGAAGAACGAUCUAGCGGCUAUCGAACGUGCUGGUGUAAGCGUGCAAGGAAGAUUGAACGACACCAAUUCUCGUUCGGUCCACAACAUCUCCUACAACAAUUCGUUGGCAAGUAAGAAUGCAAUGCAAACGAGCACAAUGACAACAACUCCCGCACAAAUGUUCUCAAAAGUGGCGAAGAGACACAAGUGCCGAUUCUGUGAAUAUUCGAGCAAUCAUAACCAUCACAUUAAAGUACACGAACGCAUUCACACAGGCGAGAAGCCACAUCAAUGCAGACGUUGCAACAAAUGUUUCACAAAAAUGAACAACCUGAAGAGACAUGCAAAAGUUCAUGCUAAAGAAUUUGCCUUCCAUUGCGCCGGUUGCUUUGAAGGAUUCACGCAGAAGACCGAACACGAUGCUCAUGUCAAAGUGUGCAAAUCACCACGAUACGAAUGUCAUAUUUGCAAGAAGAAUUCGUUUGUGCACAAAGGUCAUUUGAAAGAUCAUGUUCGAACGCACAGCGGAGAAAAACCGUUCCGUUGUGAAAUCUGUCUGAAGCGUUUUACCCGAAGAAGCAGUUUGAAUGAACAUUUAAAUAGCGUUCACAAUCGAAUUCGCCAUUGAUUUUCCGGAUAGUGCGUAA